CGAUUACGCGAGUGGCACCCAGCCCAUCUACGCCAUCCAUCUCCGGACCCAGCGCUCCGCAGCCGCCCAUAAUUUCGCCUAAUAUCCUCCCGCGCCGCGCGUCUGCGCGGGCACCACAAACCAGAGGAAGAAAUGGCAGCGGGCCCCACGCCAUCCACCGCCGCGUCCUUCCGGCCGCCCCUGCCGCCUCCGCCGCCGUGCUUCGACUACCGGUCUGCGUCGCUCGCCGACACGCGUGCCAGCGCAGCCGCCUCGGACCCCGCGUUGGCUGGGUUGGUCGAGUCCGGCGCACUGGUGCGCGUCCCGCGGCGUCGGUUCGGGGCGGUUCCGGCGUGGCGGCCGCCGGACUUCGCUGAGCCCGAGGACGUGUGGAUCCUCGGGACCUCGCACCUCUCCGCGGAGUCCGCCGACGAGGUCGAGCGCGUGCUCCGUGCCGUCCGCCCCGACAACGUCGUCGUCGAACUCUGCCGGAGCAG